UCGCUUAGAUCAGUUUGUUAACUGAAAGUAGCAUUUCCACGAAAAGUAACACGUCACAUACCAGGGAGUAUUCAGCCACAAAGAGAAACAGAAAUUCGGCAACUCUGAGAGCUCAAAGACACAAGAUGGAGGAGAAGAAAAUAGCUCGUCAGACUGAGUCGGAUUUUAUUGAGAGCUGGCAGAGAGGAAAAUCUCUCUCUCAAAGUCUGGUGUACGCACGUGACCACAAGAUUAUGUGUGACGUCACAUUCAAAGUGGGUGAACACAAGAAGUCCAUCGAGGCUCACAAACUGAUUCUGUGUUCACGUAGCCGCGUCUUUGAGGCGAUGUUGACUGGACCCAUGGCUGAGCAGGGCAGCAUUGUGAUCCCGGAAGUAGAUCCUGAUAUCUUUGAGCAGUUUUUGACGUUCCUGUACACCGAUGACGUCAUCACGGAUGGUAACAAUGUCAUUGGCUUGUUAUAUGUAUCGAAGAAGUAUGACGUCAACACUUUAGAAGAGAAAUGUCUGACAUAUUUAGAGACAUCAAUGACGUCAAAGAAUGCGUGUUUCAUCUUGGAACAGGCUCAUAUCUACGAGGAAGAAGAUCUCAAAGAAAAAGCUCUGAGCUGUAUUAGAAACAACGGGGACGCCUCUUUGAAGUCACGUGAUGUUGUUCACCUGUGUCGGGGCUGUUUGAGUGACGUCAUACAGUCAGAUCAGCUGAUAGCGAACGAGGAGACGGUGUUUGAAUCUGUUCUGUCUUGGAGUGAGAGCGCGUGCAAGAGUCAGGGAAGGGAGGUAACUCCUCAGAACAGACGAGAUGCUCUUGGAGAUGCCGUGCUGCACGUGCGGUAUCCAUUGAUGUCUCAGAAAUAUUUCUUUGAAACGGUUUCGACGACAGAACUGCUGACAGCGUUAGAAGAGAAUAAGAUAAUGAAGUAUUUUUGGUGUCCUGGCAAAGAUGUGUCACCUUUCAACUCGAACCAGAGGAACAAGUUGACUCCUACAGGGAUAACAAAACAAAGGAUUAUACGACGGUUGAAAAAAGUGACGGGUAGGGAUAGUUGGUCAUGCCCAGGGAUAUACGAUGAUGGAAUCAUGUUUUGCAUCAAUACCGAUGCAUCACUUGCAGGAUUACAGUUAUACAGUGCACACGACAACACGUCACAAACAUAUGAUAUCAAAGCGUUCGUAACUAAAACCUCGACAGAUGAACUGGUGGAAGGAUCACAGAUAACACAAACUGUUGUAGCUGACACUAAGACGUAUGACGUGUACUUUGCACGUGCUCUACAGCUGGUCAAAGAUGAGAAAUACAAUCUGAUUGUAAACAUCACAGGACCAAACACACACAGUGGCGUGUCUGGUAGAUCCAGAGUAGAUGACGGCGACUUCAUUUGUUCUUUCUUUGAUUACAAGAAAUCAAGACACAGCAGUAAGGAAUCUAAUGCCACCAGUGUUAACAGUGGACAGAUUCCUGGAUUACUGUUUCUAGUUUAAGACGACAUAUUGGAGAUGUAUAUUCAGGACUAUCAAACUUACUGUCUGGGGUAUCUGGACUGAUGUUGAUGCAGAACAGAUCCCGUGAUUGCUGAAUUUGAAAUUCCUAUUGCAUAAUUAUUGUUUUAAUCUUCUGUCGGUGAAGAAGUCGGAACACUGAAUUGCUUACCUUCGUGUGUGCUGUUUAAUUAACAGUCAAACGAAACGAUUACACAGUACAUUUAUGUUGCAGAAUAUUGAAAAAAAAGCUGUGGCGUACAGUUUAAAACUAACUAGAUACUUUGCUUUACAAGGCGCGCGCGCGCAUGUGUAUGUGUGUGUGUGUGUGUGUGUGUGUGUGUGUGUGUGUGUGUGUGUGUGCGUUCGUUC